AUCGGUAGUUGAGGCGACAAUCACCCGCCAUCAUUCAAUUAUUACGAUUGCUGCACAUACACCCACCAUCGUCCCAUUAAAUACAACAAUUCGAAUUCCGCUAGCGACCACAUACGUUCCACAGCACUGUACUCGUCAUUAGCCAACACUGCACGCUCCAAACAGCUGACACUCAGAUUCUUAUACGUGCGUGUUUCACGGUCCGAAUUACAUAAAUUUGGUGCGAUUGACGUGAGUUGCCCAAGCAUUCCUUGCAUAGCAAAAGUCCAGAAAAUCUCCACGCAGCAGCGAUACCUGUCACAAUGUACAAAUUGGCUGCCUUAGCGCGCGAGCGCGCAUGUUUCAUUACGUAUCAAUUAGCAAGCUACAACCUGCAACAGCAACCGCAACGGCUCUAUAGCUCACCUGGACGCCGGCCCGGAUUCUUUUCGCAAUUCAUUGAUAAUGUGCGGAGUGAAAUGGACAAGAAUAAAGAGAUGAAGGAUAGCAUAAAAAAGUUUCGCGAAGAAGCGCAAAAAUUGGAGCAAUCAGAUGCGUUAAAAUCGGCGCGGCAGAAGUUUAACAUUGUUGAAUCCGAGGCGCAAAAGUCUUCCAACAUAUUGAAAGAGCAAUUGGGUGCCAUCAAGGAAAAGGUCGGCGACGUUCUUGACGAUGCUUCAAAAUCGGACUUGGCCAAGAAAGUUUCCGAGGAGCUCUCCAAAACGGCGAAGGGUGUCACCGAUACCAUUACGGACACCAGCGGUAAAUUGGGACAGUCGGGCGCCUUCCAAGCCAUUUCCGAUACAACGAAAUUAAUCAAAAAGGAAAUGAACGAGACGAGCAUAGAAAACCGCGUCUAUUGCUCGCCCGUGAAGUUGCGAAAACGCGUUCAAGUGGACCUGUCCGAUAGCUCGCGGGUUGUAGAGGCAAAUACGGAAGCAUUAGGCUUGGAGCUUCACAAGGACUCGAAGUUCUACCAGUCGUGGGAGAAUUUUAAGAACAAUAAUACGUAUGUGAAUAAGGUACUUGAUUGGAAAGUAAAAUACGACGAAUCGGAGAAUCCUGUCAUUCGAGCCUCCCGUCUGCUCACUGAUAAGGUAUCCGACGUGAUGGGCGGUCUGUUUUCAAAAACCGAGCUGUCUGAGACGAUGACCGAACUAGUCAAAAUCGAUCCGAACUUUGAUCAGAAGCAGUUUUUGCAUGAUUGCGAAAAGGACAUUAUUCCCAAUGUUUUGGAGGCCAUUGUGCGAGGGGAUCUGGAAAUUCUAAAGGACUGGUGCUUCGAGAGCACGUACAACAUAAUUGCAACGCCCAUAACACAAGCGAAAAAGGCCGGCCUAUAUCUGGACUCCAAGAUCCUCGACAUUGAAAACAUUGAGCUGGCCAUGGGCAAAGUCAUGGAGCAAGGACCUGUGCUGAUAAUCACGUUCCAGGCGCAACAGAUCAUGUGCGUUCGGGAUCAGAAGGGCCAGGUGGUGGAAGGGAAUCCGGAAAAGGUAAUGCGCGUGCAUUACGUGUGGGUGCUGUGCCGUGACAGAAACGAGCUCAAUCCCAAGGCCGCUUGGCGACUGAUGGAGCUGUCGGCCAACAGUCAGGAGCAAUUUGUUUAAACGUGCUGCACACAACUUAUCACUAAGCAGUUUAAGUUUCUCAUCAUCCCAGACACUAGACAGACAAACGACAGACACUUCUACUUUGACGUAGCAGUUGGUUUUCAUUUUCUUCAUUUGUGUGCAAAAGUUUCGCUCUUAUACUUCUACUACUUCGAAGAUAUUUUGCUAACUGCAGGUCGCGUGCUUCUGCCUAGCCUAGCCGGGGCUGCUGGUCGGUUUCCUAACUUAUCUGUGAUGCAGUGGACUGCUGGCUUGGCUAUGCACCUGGCACGCGGCUCGGACGGACUACGGUCAUCGUCGGCCACGCUACACCCUGACCGCCUAUUCAUGGCGCUAUAUAUGUUGUAUAUUUUAUCCUAUCUUGUAAGCUGUAUAUUGAACCGUGAGCUUGGGUGCUCAGAGUGCGGCGUGGCCGGCGGCGCUCGGAGGCCGCAAGUGAUUGGCCCAAAUUUAAAUGUUGAAGCUGAAAGUGCAAGCAAUUUGUAAUUCUUAAGUUAAAUUGUUGAGUAUAGGAGAUUUGUUAAUACUUUUAAGGCCAGCCUAUGCAGGCAUAGAGAUAAAUUCACUGUACCGAAUAGCUGAAACUAAAGAGCCACAUUCAUCAAUUAUCACUUAUUAUUUGUAAAAUCAUUGCUACACGUUUUAAAAGUCUAGCACAUUUAAUAAUAAAUACAAAAGUCUUUGAA